CCCGGCGGGGGUGGGGGCUGCCUAUUGUAUUUCACAGGUGCUACCAACUGAGCACUACCAGGUGCUCAGCCCGGCCCUGAGCACCCGAGAAAAGACGCGGGCGCAACAUUUUGGAAGACGCAGCGUCUAUUUAUGAGCUCCCUGCUGGUCCUCUGAGCCCCAUUCUGACUUCAUUUUUCUGCAGGAAGGGGAUGACACUGAAAGUUUUUGACGCGUGUGCCCUUGCCACCCACAUCAAGUGAUUUACUUCUGACACCACUGGAUUUUUGUCUGCAGUUGGAGCCUUCUUUAUCCUCCCUACAGUCCUCUUUCUCUUCAUCAACAAGAAGCUCUGCUGUGAACAGAGAGGUGGGCUCCCAUGCCUGGAACAACAAGGGAGAAGAAAUAACUGCAAAGAGAAGCCCAGAGCUCGUGAAGGCCUUGCUCCCUGACUUGUAAGUGACAUGCUGGCAAAGCUGAACAAGUGAUCUCCAGACACUGGCAUAGUGUUAAACAUGGCUUCUGAGGCUGCUCAGAAUUUCCUCCAGCCACUGUCUUCUUGGAUGUCUCAAAUAUACGAAGCGAUCCAGCAAGCAGGAGACUCCAUAUCUGCCUCACUGCUGAAUCUGAGUGGAGUGGGUCGUAAGCCAGAAGAAGAGAGGACCCAGGACUUGGAGAAUAAUGGAGGCAUUUAUGAGGAUUAUUCUGAGGACUCAGACCUGGACCUUUGGGACGAGGACUAUUUCUAUCCAAGAGAAGACUGUUACAUUGGAGGCCCCGGUCUUGCUUCACAAAACCUCCCUCAUGGCUCUGACACGGGUCCACAGAAGCAAAAACGGGUUAAAAAUAGCAGCACCUUGCCAGAGCAGUGCAUUGAAAGCAACAGGUCCUUGACAACUAAUGGAUCCUACUGGAUGGGUGAAGAUCUCCAGCUUCUUGAUCGGCUUCCGCCCAUCGCUGAGGAAGAAGGUGAGCCCUCUUUGAGGAUGGGAGGUGAUGAGCACAGCCUCAGCUUGGGUGGCUCCUUUAACAGUGCUAAUGGCACGGCUCGCUGUGCAGAUCUGGAUGGACUAAGCCAACUGAGUUACCAAGACAACCUCUCCUGUCGUGAAGAUGACCACGUAUCUGUUGAUUCAAGAACAACAACCAAGACUAAGGGCACUGGGCAGCACAAAGGGCCCGGGAUGGAGCCCAGAAUUGGGGAUGGUGUCAGCCAGUCUCACAGGGAAGGACAUCUGGAAAUGGAGACAGCAUUUGCCAACCAGGGAUUGGAAGUAAAUGAUGCUACUGACAGCUCAUCGGCUUGGAGCCCUGAGGAGCACAACGAAGUGAAGAGUUUACAAGCCCAUCAUGGUGCCCAUGAGCCCAUCUGCAAAUGUGGUGACCUGGAUGUCCUCUUCACCUACAAACCCUCAAGUCAAAAGCUAAUAGCCACUGUCCUGGGGGCCAGGGACAUCCCAGACAAGGACCGCAGUGGUGUGAACACCUGGCAGGUGCAUGCUGUCCUGAUGCCGGGCAAGAAGCAGAGGGGCAAGACAAGUGUGCAGAGAGGACCCAUCCCCAUCUUCCAGGACAAAAUCACCUUCAGCAAGCUGGAACCACAGGAGCUGAGCAGCCACGCUGUUCGCUUCCGCCUCUACGCCGUGCACAGGAUGGUUGGGGAGAAGAUGAUGGGGGAGAAGUUGUUCCACCUGAGCGGCAUCAGCCAGGAAGGGGAAGUGAAGGUGACACUGCUCUUGGAGCCAAGGAGUAACCUCAGUAGUUCAGAUUCUCAGCUGAGUCUGUCAGCAAUCUCUCACAGUGAUAGCGCUUCCUCAACACAGUCCCUGUCGCAUGGAGGGGUGCCAGAGCUGCUUGUGGGACUGUCAUACAAUGCCACUACAGGGAGGCUGUCAGUGGAGAUGAUCAAAGGCAGCCACUUCCGAAACCUUGCAAUUAAUAGGCCACCUGAUACCUACGGGAAGCUCUGCCUGCGCAACUCCGUGGGUCAGGAGAUGUCUCGCUGCAAGACCUCCAUCCGCCGGGGACAGCCCAACCCUGUCUACAAGGAGACUUUCAUCUUCCAGGUCGCCCUCUUCCAGCUCUCUGAUGUCACCCUGCUGAUCUCCAUCUACAACCGGCGCAGCAUGAAGCGCAAGGAGAUGGUGGGCUGGAUCUCCAUGGGCCAGAGCAGCAGUGGGGAGGAGGAGCAGAGCCACUGGCAAGAGAUGAAGGAGUCACAGGGGACACAGGUCUGCAGGUGGCACACGCUGCUGGAGUCCUAGUGUGGGCAGGGCAGCCUGCAGGUCCUGGCACAAGGUGCUCUCUCCCUGUGUUCUCUGCCAUGGGAAAUGGAUUUGUAGCGAAUUCUCGAAGUUUCAUAUGGGGGGGGGAGCGAUUUUGUUGGAUUAUUCCUUUUUCUGACCCAGAGAUGGGGCAACUGAGAGGUGUUUUAAAAACUUUUAUUCCAUUUUCAGUCUCAUGUGAAGGGUGAGACAGUGCAGAUGUUAUAAUUGACGCCAUCUCGAUCAGAAGGCAACUGUUUCCUAAUUACAAUACAUUAUAAACUUUUCUUGGCCUAUCAGCUUUUGCCACACAAUGCUGUUAAUGCCUUAAAGCCAAUCAUCUAAAAUUACCCCUCGUAGUGGGUCCUACUACAAUGCAUCUUUCAUAGUUCCAUUUCUCCAAAGUAUCUAGUCUAUUUGGAGGCCAUCUUUUGAAACUUGUUGCUAGUCCCAUUUCUCUCUCAACGGUGUCUGUCCUAUUCCACGGCAUUUCUAAGUCAGCAUUUUUUACCUCAAGGUUUGCAUACAGAUGCAUACUAUGUGAGCAUUCUGUCAGGCUUGGAGAAUUCUCUACAAAUCCAUUUCCCACACUCUGCCAGCAGAAAACAACUCUGGCAGAGCAUGCAGCUUUGACCUGCUUGCUCGGUGUCAGCAGCCAUGGGUAUCAAAGGUGGCAAGGCCUGGGAAGAGAGUUUAAUUCUUGCCUUUCCAGCUUGCCCUGCGUUUUCCACAUCCAGAUAAUUAACCCUAGUGAGAAACAGUGGGAAUACCUGCAAAAUCCUUUCCUUGGUCAUUGUCUUGCUCAUUUUUUCAUAGGUUUAAUCACCACAGACUGAUUCUGAUGUGAUACUGUUUUCUUCUGGUGUAACCUCUCUCUUCCCUCUCUCCCCUUAUUUAUAUUAAUGAAGUCUGCAAAUAUUCUUGCCACGCAGAUAGCUCACAGAAAAGCUAACCUGCAUGCAGAUCACAUCCUCUCCCUUUUAUUAUCGUGUUUCUAAGUCCUAGAAAUAAGCAUUUGAUACCACUGUAGACUGGAUGAUAUAUUUUUCAGGCAGCAUGAGAAAGCACUCUUGAAUCCUCUGUCAACUUUUAAGUGCCUAGACAUUACUACAGAUCUCCUGUACUAACAGUUGAUAUAAGGACUAAAUAUUACUGGUAUUUUUAAUUAGACACCCUGUGCACUUGUUAGACUGCAUUGACAUAGGUUUGCACAAGAGAUAACAAGCAUCAGUUUUAUAUUGCAUUAUACAAUGCAUGUUUAGAUGUUUACUUGAAGUUAUGGCUUCUGUCACCACAAAUACCAAAAAAAGACCAGAACAAACUGCACAGACACCUUUGUGCCUGAAUCACUCCUUUCUGCAUCAUUUUGCCCGUGUGUUAAUGUGAUUUUUAGAAGUGAGGUUCAUUCAGAAAAGCAUUUCUGUGAGCAUUACAGGAGAGGGCUUCAGAUCCAUGUUUUUUCUGUGAUUCAGCAAAGCACUACUCAGUUUGCUGAGGGCUCUCCCUCAAAUCUCCUGUGCUGUCCUGAAAUACCUCCUUGGCAUGUGGAAGGGGACAGGUUUUGGCAUGCUGAGCAGUAGAGCAUGCCAGACCAUGUCACCUAACCUUGGGAAGGAGCACCCUUGCGGGCCAGGAAUAAGAUCCAGAGGGGCUGCUGGCUCUGCUGAACUGGCACUGGAGAAAAGAAUCGUGCUUCCUGCCUCCAACUGAAAGCAAUGCAAGGAGCAGCCUUGCUGGAUGGGGUGAUGACACUGUCACGUGGUUACUUUUCAGACUGCAUUGUCCUUUUCCAUUUUAAUCUCUUUUCCUGUCUCUGUAAGCUGAAGUCAUGGAGAUGAUGGAUAGAGGAUGUGUCUCAGUCUGCUGCUUGGCUAAGUGGUUGUUGUUGCAGUGCUGUGUAUGACACAAAGGAGGAUGUUCAUCCUCAGUGGAAUGCAGGCAGUGAGGUGCUGAGAUCUCAAAUGCUAUCAGCUGCCCAAUCUCCCAUUCCCCACACUCUCUAGGAGAGGGCUGUCUUUUCUCCAUUCCUGAUGAUGACAGCAAGACACAGGAAAUAUUUUGCUGAAGAGGUUUGUGUGUACUGAAUCACUUCAUGGUUUGGUUUUGCCAUUUACGGAGACCUGGCACCAAAUUCUGCCCCCUCCUGCACCACAGCCACUUCCUUUGCUUCAACGGUGCUGUGCAAAUCGAACUAAUGCAAACUUUGGCACUGGCUGUUUGACCAAAAUUGGUCCUUGGUGCUGGUUUUUGUCACAUCCAGGCUGGACAGGCCCUGAGGGCACUGCUGUGACACUCACAGGUUAUCACUGGGUGUCACAGAGAGGCUCUGUUGGUGCUCAGGAGGCAGACAGAAUAAUCUGCUCAGAGAAGCACUUCUGGUACAGGUGAUACAAGUUAUUCUACAGACCACGCUCUUAUAUCUUCUUAUCACCUGUCUGAGCAUCAUUUUUCCAGGGAGACUGGUGGUUAUCCUAUGCAGGAGGGUUCUCCUCCACUGUCUAGAUAAGCUGACACAUCUGCUUUGCACUACUGGGGCUUUGUAACACAAAACAGGUUGCAAACCAAAUGCAGCUCAUCCAACAAAUACAUUCUUGACUGCACUGCUAAAGCUGCUGUAUCACCAAUGCAAGAAAAAGUGAACAUCUGAGUGGUAACCAGCAGCAGAGAAUUUUAUUCAUAGUAGACUUUUCUCCUGAGGAAAAAUAAAAAAGUAGUGGAAACAGCCCAAUUCAAAAGGCACAUUUGCUGAUUCCGGUUGUUUUCCAGUCUCUCCAUCUUUUUUUUUUUUUUUUUUUUUUUUUGUCCUGAGCUGCAUAAAACGUAUAUGCAAAUGUUUAUAACAAAUUUUAUUACCUGGAAUGUGUGUGUGUAAUAAAACUUACUGAGAUUCU